UCAGGUUAGCACGUGCUCCUGGGGACUACCAUUUCUCCUUCCUUCAAUGCCAUAAUUUCUCUUCUAUUUUCUGAUAUCCUUUCAUUUACACCACCUUUGACCAUUUUUGCCUACUUCUUCUCCAUAUUUUUCCUACACUAUAGUUUAAUCCUUUCUUCUUUCCUACUAUCCCUUCAAGUUAAUAUCUCUAGUAGUGUGGUCCAAAUGAAGAACAUCAAGUGAACUAAUGAGUAGAUAACAAGUGGAGUUUCAAGAUUUGAGAAAAAUGGUGAUGGAAGGGAUUCAAGAAGAUAUGGGUGAUGGUAACAUGAUAUGUACAAACCAUCCUUACAAGAACAAUACACCAGGUGGGAUCUGUGCUUUUUGUCUUCAAGAAAAGCUUGGUAAACUUGUUUCUUCUUCUUUUCCUUCUGCUGUUUUUCCUUCUUCUUCCUCUUCUUCUACCCCUUCUUUUAGAUCUGAUUUUGGAGCUACUUCCUCAACUCUACAAGUCCAAACAAACAACACUCAAACCAACAAUAUCCAAACAAAUGUUUGUAAUAACAACUAUAAUAGUCACUAUGGAAAAAUGAGGAAAUCAAGAAUGCCUUUUCUGUUGAGUAGUAGUCAUUAUAAUAAGAAGAAGAAAGAUGGUAAUAAUAAUAAUAAUAAUAAUAACGGUAGCAGUGUUAUUGCUACUACUACUUCAGCUGCUUCAAAUGUUGGCAUUGUUAUGAAGAGAAGCAAGUCCACAACAACCCCUAGAAACCGUAUGCAUUUCUUGGAUAAUGUUGCUGAUGAAGAAGACUAUACUCCUCAUAGAAAAAGGUUUUGGUCAUUUCUCUACUACUCAUCAUCCUCUAAACAGCAUUCUUCUUCAACUGCUAAAAGAACUGAGAAAAACAUGAGCUUUCCUUCGUCAUCUUCAUCUGUGAAUGGUUCUAUGAGGGCAAGGGACAAGAAGAAAGAAGAGUUUGUUGUAGUGGAGGAGAAUGAGAGUCCUAAUGAAGCUGCAUUUGAUAGAAAAGUAUCAAGAUCCAGAUCUGUUGGUUGUGGAAGUAGAAGCUUUUCAGGUGAUUUCUUUGAGAGAAUCUCAACUGGUUUUGGUGAUUGUACUUUGAGAAGAGUUGAGUCUCAAAGAGAAGGAAAGUCUAAAGUUUCAUCUGUUGCAUCAGGGCAAGACUGUAUCAAAGAAAGAGUGAGGUGUGGAGGACUAUUUAGUGGUUUUAUGAUAACUUCAUCAUCAUCUUCCUCAUCAUCUUCAUCUCAUUGGGUUUCAUCUGAGGAAAAUAUGAAUGGGAAAUCAAGCAUAGCACCUGCAUCUGUGGGGCAUCAACUUGUACAUGGAAGGAGCAAGAGUUGGGGAUGGGCAUUUGCAAGUCCAAUGAGAGCUUUCAGUAAGACAUCUUCAAAUGGGAAAAGAGGAGGUGCCUCAAAUAAGAAUGCUACUCCAAAUUUGACAGCUAUUCCUUCUUUGUUGACUGCCAGAGGCUAAAGAAAAGGCUUUCUUUUUCCUAUAUUCUACUACCUUAAUUCACUAAGUCUAAUUAGCUACUGAUCCUACUACUAUAGAAAUUUUACAUUGUUCUUGUUUUAAAACUCUGUUUUAUUUAUCAGGUGUGAUCCAUGCUUUAUCUUUUGGGAA